AUGCCGUGUUUGAGGGUCCCAAUUUGCUGCGGGCAAGUUGAAGGCAAAAUGAGUGAUAAUGAUAAGGUUGAAGAAUGCAUCCAUAAUGACUCCCAAUGCGACCAACCCAGCCUACAUUCUUUGUGCACUAAGUGUAUGCCAGAACAAGAUAGAUCAUUACGCGGCUACAAGGGGAUGAUAAUCAAGACACCAACGUAUCUGUAUCAAGACACCAUUAAAGUAUCAUCCCCUGUGUUUAACCGCUCAAACAUUGUGCAAGAAAAUAUUAUAUCAGACAUUUCUGAACACUAUAUUUUGCAGGGCGACAGACUGGGCAAAGGUAGCUAUGGUCAUGUAAUGAGGGCAAAAUGUAAAGAGACAGGACAGAUUCGUGCGGUUAAGGUCAUUAAGAAGGCGAAGAUUGAAAACACCAUGCGAAUGAAGAGGGAGAUUCAAAUUAUGAAACUGUUGGACCAUCCCAACAUAAUAAAACUGUUCCAUGUUUACGAGGAUUUCGAUAAUUUAUACCUGGUGAUGGAAAUGAGUGCUGGAGGGGAGCUGUUUGACAAAAUUGUAAAGCAUGGCUGCUUCAGCGAAGCUUACGCUGCCAACAUUAUGAGACAGGUAUUCUCCGCUUUGUGGUAUAUACAUUCUAAAAACAUAAUCCACAGGGACCUAAAGCCUGAAAACAUAUUAUAUUCAAACUCUUCGGUUCACUCGCCUAUAAAGUUGAUCGACUGGGGAUUUUCUACUAUGUGUUCCACUAAGCACAAAUUUUCAAGUCUAGUAGGCACUCCUUAUUAUGUGGCUCCGGAGGUUUUGUUUGGGAAUUACGAUAAAUCUUGCGACUUAUGGAGCGCAGGAGUUAUACUUUACAUUUUGUUGUGCGGUUAUCCUCCCUUUCAUGGCAAGGACAAUGCAGAGAUUUUAAAGUCUGUAAAACGUGGUGUCUACGAAUUUGACCCGAGGCACUGGAAAUAUAUAAGUCCCAAAGCCAUAGACCUAAUAAAUAAGCUGUUGUGUUACGAUCCAAGGAAGCGCAUAAAGGCCAGCCAGGCGCUGAACCAUCCCUGGAUAACUCUUAAUUCCCCACAAUCAUCAAUUGCCCCUGAGAUACCUCAAAGGUAUAUUAAUGAACUCUUAAAGCGCUUCCGCCAGUUCCAUCACUUCAACAAAAUGAAACAAAUGGCGCUUACCUGCAUUGCAUACAAUCUCACAGAUCUCGAGAUAGGUAACCUAGCCACAACAUUUUCUGCGUUGGAUAAGAAUGGAGAUGGAGUGCUAACGACGAAGGAAUUAUUGCAAGGUUUGCGAAAAGUGUACAAUAAGCAAGAAGCAGAAACUGCUGAGUUGAUUGAAAAACUUGACACCGACGGUAACGGCACUAUAGACUAUACCGAAUUCAUAGCGGCAGGUAUUGACCAACAAUUAUACCAACAAGAAAAUUUUUGCCAAGCGGCAUUUAAUGUUUUUGACUUGGACCGUGAUGGGAAAAUAUCCAAGCAAGAACUGUUGAAGGUGUUUGAUAAUUGCGAAGAUGUGAAUGAGAGUCAGAAUUUGGUGAGUGCAAUUUUCGGCGAGGUAGAUCUGGAUAAAGAUGGUUCCAUCAAUUUCGAUGAAUUCUGGGCCAUGAUUCACGGAUACAAAGCUACUGAAUCCAGCAACACGGUCAAACGUCGCACAAUGCAGCCUCCUUUACAAGCAAGGGAUAUACCGCCACUUGAUCUCGCUUAUCAGCCCAAUCCCAAGGAACUAGAUUUCAUCAACAAGUUGGCCGAUUGUAAAAACAAGAAACUCAACAUCUAA